AUGUCGGAAAAACUAUGCGACAAACACGACGGCAGUCGCGGCCAAAAAGUCUUCCGCAUCGUCGCCGUGUUUGUCCUCGUCGUCGUGCUCGCCACCAUUCUCAUCGCUUUGACCGCCCUCCGGCCCACGAAGCCCACAUUCACCCUCGAGGACGCCACCGUCUUCAAGCUCAACAUCUCGGCCCCCAACGUCGUCUCGACCACCAUCCAAGUCACCGUGUCGGCCCGCAACCCAAACUCCAAAAUCGGCAUCUAUUACGAGUCCCUCCACGCGUACGCCGCCUACCGUGGCCAGCAGGUCACCUACUUCACGGCAAUCCCGCCGGCCUACCAGGGCCACAGGGGUGUCGACAUCUGGUCACCGUUCAUCUACGGAGCCGACGUCCCAGUGGCACCGUACAACGGGCUUGCCCUAGCUCGAGAUAUGGUUGACGGGGCAAUCCCACUCACCGUCAAGGUCAAUGGCCAGGUCAAGUGGCGGGUCGGGACGGUCGUGACGGGCAGGUACCACCUACACGUCACAUGCCCGGCAGUCAUCCCGAUUGGGAAUAGAAAUAAUGUUGGGAUUGUGGUCGGGAGUGCGAUCAAGUAUCAGCUCUCGCAGAGCUGUAGUGUCAGUGUCUGA